AUCGAAAUCAGUCACUCAAUAAAAUUCAAUGGAAUAAGUAGAAAACUACGCAACUCGUGUAAUUUACAGAUAAAACGUUAUAUUGGUGUCUAACUAUGAUAUGACAAAUCUGGUGAUAAAAGGACAAUAGUGACGGUUAUAAGCAAUGGCUGAUUACAGUGCUAAAUGUUUGCACCGUUUUCUCCGUGCCUCCUUGGGAUUUCUGCUUCUGGCACAACUAGCGCAAUACGUCCCCUCGGCGACCGCUGAAGGACACUGCACGUGGUACGGCGUGUGUGACGCGCCUUACAACUGCGCUUAUAAUGGCACGGCUAAACCUAUACCCGAAAAAAACAAGUGGGUUCUCGAGAAAUACUGCCCCCAAUACCUCGGUGGCAACGUCUGCUGCAACAACGACCAGCUAAAGGACUUCGCAGACAAGAUCAAAACAGCUGAACAGCUGGUGUCGAGGUGUCCGACAUGCUUCAACAACUUUUUGAAGCAUAUCUGCGCUAUUACGUGCUCGCCGACACAGAGCGACUUCUUAGUUGCUAAGACUGUCGCCCCCACCAAAAAUGGAACGGCGCUCAAUGUUGUUGAGUUGGACUACUAUCUGUCUGCUACAUACAAGGAGGCCACAUACAACUCGUGUAAACAGGUGCAAAUGCCUUCAGCCAACAAGUUGGCAAUGGAUUUCCUGUGCCUGAAGUACGGCGCUCAGCGCUGCACAGCGCAACGCUGGUUCGAGUUCAUGGGCACUAAGGGCCCGUUCGUGCCCUUCCAGAUUAACUACAUCGAGGUCGUGCCUAACGCAAACUAUACGUUGUUCAACCCGCCUACCCUUCCUUGCAGUGUUGGGUUGACUAAGGACACGCCAGGUUGUUCGUGCCUGGACUGCGACGACGCGUGCCCCGCGCCGCGCCCCGCGCCCGCGCCGCCCAAGCCCUUCAGCAUCCACGGCGCGGACGGCUACGCGGUCAUCAUGGCCAUCGUCUUCGUCAUCUUCACCUCGCUCUUCCUCAGCGGCGUCUACUGCUGCAACCAGGGCGAGAACACUGUCGACGGGUGGCGCGGCGACCGGCGCGGCGGCGGCCCCGAGACCAGCCCGCUGCACAGUCACAGGUCUAGUGUGGCCUCAGACAAUGAGCAAGAGAUGGCGACCAAUCCCCGCUCCAUUGACCAGCCUGAUGGCUUACAAGAAGCUACCUUCUUUGAGAAACUUGGAGCAGAUACGGAAACCAAAUUGGAAGACUUCUUCCAAUGGUGGGGUUACCACAUGGCGUCGAAACCUUGGAUCGUACUUUUUGCCGGUCUCUGUGUGGUCGUGGGUCUCGGUCACGGCAUCUACUACAUGCAAGUGACAACCAACCCAGUCGAGCUCUGGGCCUCACCAACCUCCCGCUCUCGUAUAGAGAGAGAAUACUUCGACUCGCACUUCGAACCCUUCUACCGGACUGAGAUGGUCAUUAUUAGCGCUAAGGGCCUGCCAAAGAUUGAGUAUGUCGAUGAGUUUAACGAGACCACGACUUUUGGCGCCGUGUUCAAUUCCACCUUCAUGCUAGAGGUGUACGAAUUGCAGAAGAGAAUUAUGGACCUCGGCAACACGUCUCGCCUAGAAAACGUAUGCUUCGCUCCGCUCGCGUCGGCCAUCAACCCUACCGUCACCGCGGACAAGUGCGCCAUUCAGAGCGUCUGGGGAUGGUUCCAGAACGAUCCAGAAGAUAACUUCGAUGUAGAGAAUAAUGCGUACUUGGGCAAGAUCUUGAAGUGCACACAAAACGCCUACGAUCCCGACUGUCUCUCCACGUACAACGGUCCUGUACUGCCGGCCGUCGCUUUGGGUGGUUUCUUGGCUCCUGGCGAACAACUUACUGCUCAGUCUCGUUUCCACGAGGCCACGGCUCUUAUCCUGACCUUUUUGGUCAACAACAAACAUGACAAAGCCAAGCUGGGCCCAGCGCUUGAAUGGGAGAAAGACUUCAUCACAUUCAUGACCAACUACACCAAAAACGAGAUGCCUCCGUACAUGGACAUCGCAUACACCUCCGAACGGUCCAUCGAAGACGAACUAUACAAAGAAUCUCAGUCCGAUGUGUCUACUAUACUUGUGUCGUAUUUUAUAAUGUUCGCCUAUAUCGCUAUAUCUCUUGGACGCUUCACAACUUGUGCGAGGUUGCUGAUUGACAGUAAAGUCACUCUUGGUCUUGGAGGCGUCCUCAUAGUACUCGCGUCCGUAGUCUGCUCCAUCGGUCUCUUCGGCUAUGUCGGUGUGGCCGCCACACUUAUCAUUGUCGAAGUCAUUCCCUUCUUGGUGUUGGCUGUGGGAGUCGACAAUAUCUUCAUCCUGGUACAAACUGCGCAGAGAGAGCCGAGGAGACAGGAUGAGACUGCAGCUCAACAUAUCGGGAGAACGCUGGGACAAGUCGGACCCUCAAUGUUCCUGACAUCCAUCUCUGAAUCCGUCUGCUUCUUCCUCGGAGCCCUGAGCGACAUGCCGGCCGUGCGCGCCUUCGCGCUGUACGCCGCUGUGGCGUUGUUAGUGGACUUCCUGCUGCAAGUCACAUGCUUUGUAGCCCUCAUGGCUAUUGACACUAAGCGACAGAACGCUAACAGAUUUGACGUAUUCUGCUGCGUGCAAGGCAGCAAAGUGGACAUGCCAGAUGCGUACGACGGACUUCUGUACAACUUGUUCAAACAUGUAUACGUGCCUUUCCUCAUGAAGCGGGAAGUCAGAGCUUCCGUCAUGAUUAUAUUCUUCGCGUGGCUUUGCUCUUCUGUAGCAGUCGCACCACACAUAGAAAUCGGUCUCGACCAAGAACUCUCCAUGCCCCACGACAGUUUCCAAACAAAGUACUUCCAGCACCUCAACAAAUACCUCAACAUCGGCCCGCCAGUGUACUUCGUCGUCACAGAAGGAACCAAUGGAAUAGACUAUUCGGAUAAGGAUAUUCAGAACAUGAUAUGUGGCACUAGGUUCUGUAACGACGACAGUGUUGCUAUGCAGAUAUAUUCAGCAUACCGCACACAGAACGAGACCUACGUUGGUCAGCCGGCCAAUUCUUGGCUGGAUGAUAUGUUCGACUGGUCCGAUGGCGACAAAUGCUGCUACAAAUACAAAAACGGCAGCUUCUGUCCGCACGACGUCGCUAUACUGACGGGCAACUGCGAACCGUGUAACAUACCUCUCGUCCCCCCCGAACAACGACCCAGCCCCAGCGACUUCGACCGCUACGUGUCCUUCUUCCUCCGCGACAACCCCGACAGCGACUGCCCCAAAGGCGGCCACGCGGCCUACGCGCAAGCCGUCAACUACAAAACUAGAAUCAUCAACAAGACAGAAUCCAGCGAAGUCGGCGCCACCUACUACCAAACCUACCACACUGUACUAAAAACUAGCUCAGACUACUACUCGGCACUAAAAGCGGCUAGAAAUGUAGCAGCCAACUUAACGUACACCAUAAACUCCAAGUUAAAGGAGCAAGGGAAGAAUACGACGGUGAAUGUGUUCCCGUAUUCGGUGUUCUACGUGUUCUAUGAGCAGUAUUUGACGAUGUGGCCCGAUACGCUGAAGAGUAUGGGCAUUAGUGUGCUGUCCAUAUUUAUCGUGACCUUCAUCUUGAUGGGUUUCGAUCUCUUCUCGGCUUUGGUGGUAGUAAUAACGAUCACUAUGAUCGUAGUCAAUAUAGGAGGGCUUAUGUAUUGGUGGGGUAUUAGUUUGAAUGCAGUGUCACUAGUCAAUUUGGUAAUGGCCGUGGGUAUAGCGGUAGAGUUCUGCUCGCACCUCGUGCACAGCUUCAGCGUGUCUGCCGGGGCGUCGCGCGUGGCCCGCGCCAGCGCCGCGCUCACGCGCAUGGGCUCCUCCGUGCUCAGCGGCAUCACGCUCACCAAGUUCGGCGGCAUCAUCGUGCUGGCCACCGCCAACAGUCAGAUAUUCCAGGUGUUCUACUUCCGAAUGUACCUGGGCAUCGUGCUAUUCGGUGCGGCGCACGGACUCAUAUUCCUGCCAGUCAUGCUCAGCUAUAUAGGCAUAACCCGAAAUCGGCGGGGCCGCUGGCGCGUGUCCCGGCGCUACGGCACCUACGGCAGUCUAGACGAGUCCGAGCCGCAAGCGCACACCAGCGGGUCUAUCAACCCGCUCACCAAUGAGAUGUAGGUCUACACACGGUCACUGAGGUCUACACCAAUGAGGUGUAAGUUUACACACGGUAACCAAUGAAGUGUAGAUCACCUCACAGAUAUGUAGACAUUUUACGAAACUCACUCACACGCUCACCAUUGAGACUCGACAGUUGAAACUCAGUAAAUCGACAGAUGUAGGUAGCUUGAUGUUUCUAAGAUAUGGCUCUGCACUUGCUUGGAUAGUUGAAGCUGAAUGACCUGAUCUGAAGAUUCAGAGAAUAGGUUACACCUAUGCAAGAAAAUAUUACGUACGUACCAACAAGGUACAGGUAAGGCGGGGCAAGGUA